UGUCAAUCUAACGAUAGAGGAGACUGAAACUUGACCAAAGUAAAACCUCUUCCUUUCGUUUCUCCUUUCUCCAACGAAAUGGUCGGAAACAUUUUGCCAUUAUUCGCCUGAGAUCACGACCCACCAUUUUCAAAAGCCUUGGUUUCUGAUUCUGCCACAGUUUCCAUCUCUAUUUCUUUAUUGUUACACUUUCCUCUUCCCUAAUCUGUAAUAACUUCUCACGGAUUCCUUAAAAAAGCAAAAAAGAAACCAACCCAGGUAAGUUUUGGGCGAAACUCCCCUGUUCCCAGAUCCAAACGGAAUUAGAGAUCCUAGAUUUAAGUUCAUUUUGAAUGGCAAGCCAUUGAAGAGCUUCUCCCCGGCUUCUUGAAUGGCGAAUCCGCGGAAAGGCAAGCUCCUUUUCAUCUAUUUACUACUCGUUUUUGCUUUUCUCCAUGUUUCUAGGGUUGUUGUAUGUAGUUCCAGCUCAUUUGAGCUGAAUCAAUCUGGAAUUGAAGUCCCUUUUGAAGUUAGACAGUAUGAUUUACUUAAAAAUCUUGAAGAGUUAGUGAGAAACCUUAGCGAUGUAGUUUCUAAGCUGGAGUUGAGGUUAUCUGAUAUUCCCACGGUGGUGCGUAGAGAGAAAUUGAAUCCUGAUGCUUCCAGACGAGUAAUGCCCGAGGGGGAUACUCUGAAUGAUGGUGGAGAUGGCGGUUUGGAUAAUAAAAUUCAAGAUGGGAGUAGAGCGAGAGCUGUUUCAGUGACCAAAUACAGUCCAUUUUGGUCUGAGAGGUUUCACUUUUUGUCUGCUGUGAAACUGGAGUCUGAUGCUACUUGUAUCAAUGUCUUGCCUCUUAGGGAUUUUGAGGGGAAUAGCAAGUAUGUUGCGGUUGGAGAUGAGAAAGGGAGGAUUUACGUGUUUAUGAGAAGUGGAGAUGUCGCGAUUGAGCUUCCUACGGUGUCUGAAUCUCCCAUUACAGCAAUGCUUUCGUAUAUGUCCAUUUAUAAGAACGAGACCCUUUUGGUUACUGGGCACAAGAAUGGGAUGAUCUUGAUGCAUCGGAUUUGGGAGGGAUCGAAUGGGGAGGAGUUGAAUUUGAUUUUCAUGGAACAUGUUGUGGAAUUUGCGGAUACUGACAGUCAGGAGGACGAGUCACCAAUUUCCAUAUUGGAAGUGCAUCAUGUUGGGUGGACUAGGUACAUUCUAUCUUCAGAUUUCAGGGGAGUGAUUAAGGUUUUCAAAGAAGAUGGUACAGUUUAUGGUUCUGUCAUGCCGAUGAGUAGGCCGAUAGCAUUCUUGAAGCAGAGGCUUUUAUUCUUGACAGAAAGUGGUGCUGGCUCAUUGGAUUUGAGAAGCAUGAAACUUAGGGAGUCCGAAUGUGAGGGAUUGAAUUAUUCUCUUGCUCGGAACUAUGUGUUUGAUGCCACGGAGCGAUCUAAAGCCUAUGGUUUUACAUCAGAUGGUGAUUUAAUUCAUGUUUUGCUGUUGGGGGAUAUAAUGAACUUUAAAUGCAGGAUUAGAUCUAAAAGGAAGUUUGAGCUUGAUGGACCACUUGUCUUUCAGGCUAUUAAGGGUUAUUUGCUUGUGAUCAGCAAUGAGAAGGUUCAUAUUUUCAACGUGUCGUCUCAACAUUAUGUUAGAGUUGGUGCACCAAGGCUUCUAUUUUCUGCUGGUCUAGAUGAGAUCAUGUCAUCUUUCCUGAAUUACCAGAAUUUGGAUUUAGAGUCUGAAGGAAAUUUUAUACCCUUAAUAUCUAGCGAUCGUGAAAAGCUUGUGGUUCUUGGACUUGGGGGUGGAUAUGUAGGAAUGUAUCGAUCUAAUCUUCCAGUUUUCAAAGGGGAGUUCAAUACAAUGCUCUGGACAAGCCCGGUUCUGUUUUUCAUACUCUUUCUCUUUGGAGCUUGGCACUUAUUUGCCAAGAAGAAGGAGGCGCUCACUUCAUGGGGACCCGAUGACUCUUUUACUGCCACUUCACCUACUACUGGAGCUCCAUUGGGAACUGGAUCCAGCGAGCGAGCAUCUUUCAUAGACCCUCCUUCAAGAACUACCGAUAUGAUGGAUCUCAGAGGUGGUGCUGGCCUAAGAGGACCACCACGGCGUUAUGGUUCUCCAACAGGGUAUCCUGGUGGGGCAACAAGUUCCUUUAGGCCAGCUACGACCAGUGACCAUAGCUCGAGACCAGCUGCAGUUGAUCCAAAUUAUAGAGCAGCUUCAGAGAUAAAAUUCAGGGGAUCACCUUUAGAACCUCCAGGAUUUCCAAAACGACGGGAGCCUCUAUUUGCAAACAAUCAAGUCGUCAAUCAAGUGGUGGCUGAAAACAAUUAAAAGAGAAGUACAUAUCAACUAGAAAUCUUUGCUUCAAAGAGUUUCAAGUUCCUCAAUCCUGAUUACUUCUUUUUGUUUUAAUUGCUGACUGAUUGUUUACCAGUCGGUAUGAACACAUUUGAUGUCGCAAUAUAUCUAUAUUUUUUUUUUUUGUAGUUGCAUUCAAAUGAAAAGUAAAAUAUAGUGAAAUAAUGCAAUAUCAUCUUGAAACUGUUAUUCC